AGAAGAUUCAACUUACAGUAUGAACGUUUGCGACCGCAGACCUAACCUCAAACAGCUUCCCACCGCUUAUUCUCCCUCCCUGAGGUGAGAGCUUGGCAGUCUGCAUGUACGCCUCCGUGCACGACAGUGAGGAUGCAUUUCUAACGGGGUCAAAGCUCAUCAGCAACCAGCCGCCCUCCCUCCGUCUCCUCACCCAAUUCCCUGCCUGUCUCUCUGUCUCUCUGCCUCUGAGCCAACAGGUUGCCGCGGCUCCUUCACCCCCCACCCCUCUUCCCCAAACUUCUCUGCGCUUCAGCAGAGCCCGGGGAAGGAAAGUCUGUCAUUCAUCCGCCCCGUGCACACCUACCUCCUCUAUCAGACACAGAAAUUGAUCCUCAUUCAGUUAAUCAUCUCUCUUUCAGGAUAUCGCAUCCCGAAUUGUUUUUUUACCCGACGUGGAUGCAACUUUUUUUGUGUGUUUUUUCAUUUCUUUUCUUUUCUUUUUUUUUUUUUUAGAUGGUCUUUUUCCCCUCUUAAGCCUCGAGAGGUCACCUGGAUUGCGAAGAUAAUCACUUGUCUGCAGCGAUAGGAGAACAGAAGAGUCGGAAUUGAUGAUUGUAGAGACGUGGUUUUGGGAAAGGAAGAACUGGGGCGCGGAAGCAGGUGAUUGAAGGAGGAAGAAGAGGAGAGGAAGAGUAUGGGUGGCUCCUCGCUGUGGAUUUUUCUACUGUCCCUCUCCCUCUCUCAUCAAACCGUGACAGCACAAACUGAGGCAUGCAGGACAGUGGUGGAAGCAGACAUCGUGUUUCUGGUGGACGAUUCGGGGAGCGUGGGUCACGCCAGCUUUUCCAGAGUCAAAGACUUCAUCUCAGCCAUCGUCUCCUCCUUUCAGAGCAGCGUGGUGGGAGCUGAGGGGAUCCGCUUCGGAGUCACCGUCUUUGGGGAUGUUCCGAGGAUGCGGAUAGCUUUGACAGACUACAGUUCACUCGAGGAGGUGCUCAGAGCCGUCAGAGGCCUCCCCUAUGAAGGUGGAUCCAGGAGGAUCGGCAGCGCGCUCCAGUUUCUGGUCGACUCUGUUUUCAGUGCUGCUAUCAGUCGAGACUUUGCCCCAAAGAUUGCGGUUCUGAUCACAAACGGGCGCUCGGACGACCAGGUGGAGGCUGCAGCCAGAGCCGUGGCCGACGCUGGGAUUUCUCUCUUUGCAGUAGGCGUUAGGGGAUCUGAUGAGUCGGAGCUGCGGAGGAUCGUGUCGCCGCCGUACGAGGAGCAUCUACUUCUGGGGGCCGACUUCUCUCUCCUGGACUCACUCCUCCCCAAAGUGUCCCGCAGACUCUGUUUCACCGCCUCUGAGCCUCCGCGCCCUGUGAAAAUAUCCCCACCCCGCGAGGAGCGUGUGGUGGGCCCCAAAGACCUGCAGGUUAGCGAGCUGGCCCACAGUUCCCUCAGACUGACGUGGAGCCAGGCGACCGGGGAUGUGACUGGAUAUCGCCUCCUUGUCACCCCUCUCAGCUCGAAGGGACAGCCCCUCUCCCAUCAGGAGAGGCAGAUGAAUCUGAAGGCAGAUGUGAGCACGGCCGUGGUGUCAGAGCUGAGCCCUAAAGCGGACUAUUCCCUCACCAUUUACGCCAUCUACCCCAGCCUAAUAGGAGACUCGGUGUCAGUCACUGUAAAAACAACCCCUUUGCCCCAGGUGUCAAACUUCCGUGUUAUCGAGGAGGGUCUCUUCUCGCUGCGCCUCGGCUGGACUCCUCCUCUGGGGAAACUCGACGGCUACAAGAUCUUCAUCCCCAGAUCCAACAGACCGGGAUUAACUUAUGAGAGGCUGCUUCCCGGCGACAAGUCCUCUCACGUGAUUGACAGCCUGGAGGAGGACAAGAAGUACACCGUCAGUAUUUACGCCGUUUACCCUGAAGGACCAAGUGAACCGGUUUCGUUAGUGGGCAAGACGUUGAAGUUGGUGCCAGUUCAGAAGUUUCUGGUCGAAAACGCCACCACAGACACUGUCCAGGCUCGGUGGUUGUCAGUCAGGGGUGCUUCAGGAUACAGACUGACAUGGGCUUCCCCAGAUGGCCACAUAGAGAACAUAAACCUCGGGGACACCUUUAACUUCUACAUGAUCCAGGGCCUUCACCCAGGCUCCGAGUACACCGUCACCAUCAACCCCAUCUUCGGAGACAUCGAGGGGCCCGUCACCACCACCACUGUCAAGACGUUGGAAAGCAGCGCGGUUCAAACUCUGAAAGUGUCUUCUGUGAGCACCAGCACAGCCGUCGUCUCAUGGAACAGUGUCCCGGGGGCCACGGGGUACAGACUGGCUUGGGGACCAACCCCAGAGUUUACCGGCCGGGAUCGUCCCAGGCAGUUGGCGCUGAACGGCAGCACCACAGAGUACCAGCUGAAGAAUGCAGCUCACGAUACAGAGUAUGUCCUGACCCUGUACGUGCUGUUUGGAUCUGUGGUAGGGCCUGGCAUCACCGCUACCUUCAGAACAUCUCCUUUGGGCUAUGUGUCCAACUUCAAAGUGACAUCCUACACCGGUAGCUCCAUAGAUGUGGAAUGGAGUCCCAUCGUUGGCGCCACCGAGUACAAACUCUCCUGGUUCUCAGGUGACAGCAAACCCCAGUCCCACUACUUGGACCGCAGCGUCCUCUUCCACCGCAUUGAAGGCCUGAGCCCGCAGUCAAGCUACACAGUCACCAUCAACGCAGUGUACGGAAACUCAGAAGGACCAGAAAUCUCUUUAUCUCAGCUCACAGCUGCACCCUCAGACUCAGAGACAAUCCAGGCUGUGAGGGAGGUGAAGGUUGUGGACGUUGGAUUAAAGUCCUUCACCCUGGCCUGGAGGAAAACACCGGGGGUUUCUGGGUACAAAAUCUCCUGGAUCCCCUUCCUGGGGGGUGAUGAGAAGUCCCACGUGGUGCCUGCGGCUUCCACCACCUUCACCAUACCCAACCUGCAUGAGAGCUCAGCUUAUAAGAUCCAGGUGUCCUCAAUGGUGGGCAACAAAGAGGGAAGUCCGGUCCUGGUCACUGCACGCACCUUGGAUCUUCCAAAAGUGGAAGGAUUUGCUGCGCUCAACACGACAGACAACAGCACUGUCCUGAACUGGACAAGUGUUGCAGGUGUCUCUGGAUAUCUUCUCUCCUGGAGGCACAUCUCAGUAUUGGAGACUAAAACGGAGACCCUGGGCCCCGGCUUCAACUCCUACAAGAUCAAGGACCUCCUGUACGGCAGAACGUAUAUUUUCACCAUCCGACCUUUGUAUGGAGAAGUGGAGGGGCCAAUAAGCACCGUGUAUCAGAGAAUAUUGGGACCGGAUUUGCCCCCCGUAGCCGCCACAGUGGCCCCCAGUUCCCGGCGCGCCACGACCGUCUCCAAGACGGCCUCCAUCAUCAACUCCACCGUGGCUCUGCCAGCCACCAGGAGCACCCGGCACCCCGCUCAAGCCUUAACAACCAAGAAACCUCGGCCAAGUGUCACUGAGGCCAAAUCAGGACCAGCAGCCGUCACCCCCCUCCGAUUAACCCCUCUGAUUACAGAAACAACAGCUCCACCGCAACCAGUGUGCGGUAAGACCAAAGCAGACAUAGUGUUCUUAGUGGAUGAGUCCUCCAGCAUCGGUGCCAACAACUUCCUCAAGAUGAAAGACUUCAUAUUCCGAGUGGCCACUUACUUCCCUGUUAUCGGUUCCCAGGGCACACAGUUGGCCGUGGUCCAUUACAGCGACGAGCCUCGGAUUGAAUUCCGCCUAAGUGACUUCAAGGACAGGAACUCCAUGCUCAGGGCUCUCAGAGCGCUGCGUUAUGGAGGGGGCAACACCAAAACAGGAAAAGGCAUCAGCUACGUUCUGCAGGAAAUGUUCCAGGAGUCUCUGGGGAUGAGGCAGGAUGUGGCCCACGUCCUGGUUCUCAUCACGGAUGGAAGGGCCCAGGACAACGUGGUGCCACCUUCCAGGAUCGCCCGCGCUUUGGGGGUCAGCGUCUUGGCAGUCGGGGUCUCUAAUGCAGACAUGGAGGAGCUGCAUAAGAUUGCGGCUCCCACCAGCUACAAGAACAUCUUCUACUCGCCAACCUUUGAUGACUUCCCUUCUAUAGAGAGGGAAUUUAUCAGUACCAUGUGCAGUGAGGGACUCCUGUCCGAGUUCAAACAACACGAUGAGUUCGCUCAGUUGGACACUCCGACUGAAGAUCCUGAGGAGCUGCUGAAGCCCGAGGGUCCCUGCCCCUCCCAGUGUGCCAAGGGCCAAAAAGGGGAAAAGGGAGAUGGUUUUGGUGUUGGAGGUCUGAGAUUCAGGCAAAGCCCAGGACAGUAUGAUCCUUUCACGUCUUCUAAAGGAGAGAAAGGAGAGAAGGGACCUUCAGGAACAGAUGGCGUUCCUGGGUUGCCAGGACGACCAGGAAGAACUGGGCCCCCGGGGUCUGCCGGCCAGAGGGGUGUUCCAGGCAUCCCAGGCGACAUGGGUCUCCCUGGACUCACUGGUCCAAAGGGACAGAGAGGAGAAAGAGGAGAGCCUGGAUAUGUCAUAGCUGGGACAGACUCAAAUUAUGUUCCUGGACGGAAAGGAGAGCCUGGAUCUUCAGGUCCGCAGGGACCUCCUGGUGUACCAGGGGUCAAUGGAGCUCCAGGUAUUCCCGGCCAGCCAGGUCCUCCAGGGACCCCAGGAAUAUCUGUCAAGGGGGAUCCUGGAGAGCCAGGAGCAAAAGGUUUGCGUGGGAAGCAAGGCGGGAAAGGAGACAAAGGAGAAGCCGGAAACGAUGGCAUCGCAGGGUUGCCUGGUCCCAUCGGCAUCGACGGGGUACCAGGGUUGCCGGGUCAGAAAGGAGAGAAGGGUGAACAAGGAAUCGGGAUACAAGGUGUUCAGGGUCCUCGUGGAGAGCCGGGAGAGAAGGGAAACGUUGGUUUAACAGGACCAGCCGGCCCAAAGGGUGAACGUGGAGAGCAGGGCAUCCAGGGAAUCAUUGGACCUCGGGGGAAAAAGGGAUUCAAAGGGGAGCAAGGGGACAAGGGUGAACAAGGCGAGAUGGGACCGGUAGGACCACAGGGACCCACAGGACGGACGGGCCCGCUAGGGUUAAAAGGCGAUGAAGGACCUAGAGGAAUCCCUGGAGAUCCUGCCAAGGGUAUAAUUGGUCCAACUGGGAAAAAGGGUGCCAGGGGAGACGUCGGCCCAGUUGGUGCCACGGGCCCACAGGGAAUAAAGGGAGAAAGAGGAGACAAAGGAGAAAAGGGCAGCCCUGGUUUUGGGAUUCCAGGACAGCAGGGACCAAAGGGAGAAAAUGGCGAGCGGGGAAAUGUUGGUUUAUCUGGAAAGCCAGGACCAAAGGGGCAAGACGGCUCUAAAGGUGACAAAGGGAACGUUGGCUUACCUGGCAAUCCUGGAGAACCAGGAUUAAGAGGUAAAGAUGGCGCGCCUGGAGCUAGAGGAGACCAAGGAAUUAAGGGUGAUCAAGGACCAACUGGAGAGCCUGGUGACAGAGGAAUCAGGGGUCCACUGGGGUUGCCAGGACGACCAGGAGACCCUGGAGAUAAAGGCGACAAUGGGAAGCCUGGCCUGGCUGGCACUGAUGGAAACAAAGGUGACAAAGGAGAGCCGGGAAAACCUGGACCUCCGGGAACGCAAAUUGUUGGAGACAACAACGUACUGACCAGAGUGAUUAAGGGUGAGCCUGGAGAGCCUGGUCAGCCCGGACUGAGAGGAGAAACUGGUCUGCCUGGACCAAGAGGUCCAGAGGGCAAACCAGGAUUACCAGGACCAUCUCUGGAUGGUUCAGGAAGAGGUGGCGUUGAUGGAAAACCAGGAGUGAAGGGUGACCAGGGGCAAAAAGGAGAGCCCGGUCCGAGAGGAGAAAAAGGAGACCAGGGCCGGGUUGGGAUCUCUGGGAUGCCUGGUUUACCGGGAACUCCGGGAAAACCUGGCAUCGAUGGGAAGAGGGGCCUGCCAGGAAAAGAUGGAGAAGGAGGACUCAAAGGAGAUGACGGCAAGAAGGGGGACAAAGGAGAUGCAGGUGCAAAUGGUAAAGACGGCGGUAAAGGAGAACCAGGACCUCCAGGUUUGCCUGGUAGACAAGUUCUUGUCACUUCUGAGGGCGCCACCAUUGACGAAAUCCGACAAGCAUUUCCAAUCCCGAUGGGGCCUCCUGGAGCAACCGGAUCGCCGGGAAUGAAGGGUGAUAAAGGAGAAACAGGCCCGAGAGGAGAGAAGGGCGACAAAGGAGCUCCUGGAAAGUCUCUUGAGAUGAAGGACAUGGAGGUGAUGUUUGAAGCCUAUGGCAUAAGGCUGCCUUUGCUGAAGGCCUUGAUUGACCGGUUGCUGCAGGAUGGGAUAGAGGAGCUGCUUCAUGUGCUCAGCAAGUCCAAGAAGACCCAAGAAAACACUCACACCUCCAAUGUCAUUACCGAAUACACGAGUUCGGUUAAAUUUGACCUCACCAGCCAGCCCCUGUCAGAGAUAGACCCCAUCGAGGACUCUGGUUUAGAUGGCCAGCUUCCUCUGUCUUUGACAGACGACUCUUUGAAUGAAACCACAGAGGGCCCUACCUCCUGGACCAUCCCCACGCCGAAUGGAGAGCAGGACGUCAACUCGACUGAGAGCAUCUCACAGGGAUCCAGAGAGAAGGAGAUAGUGGAGAGUGACAGCGAGGAAGUGUCUUCACUUAGAAUUAAUCUGACUGCAGUCAAUUCUACGUUCAAUUACACAACGACCAAGGAGACGGUUUCAGGGUUUCCUAAAACCGUGAAGGAGACUCUUCUCCUCACUCAGGAAGACUCGCUGAAGAAGAAUUCAGGACCAAAGAAGAAGAACAGGGAACGUGGGAAAGGCAAAGGAAAUAAAGGACGGCAUAAGAGGCAGAGACAACGCCUGGCGAAUGAAGAGGACCAGCGAGAAGAAGAAGAAGAAGAUUUUUAUAACGAAGAAGAAUACAGUUAUGAGUAUGAGGAGGAGGUGUCCACAGAUGACACCACGAGAGACAGCAGACAGCUUGAUGUCCAAACUGAUGCAUUCUCCCGUUCACCGGAUAAAGAGGAGAAACUGCUACACAAUAUCACCCAAUUAGAAACAUCCAGUCAUCCUCUAACGUCCUCCUCAGACAGAGAAACAGAUGCACAGGUCCUGACAACCACAGGGCCACUAUCUCACUCUAUGGACAACACAGAUGAGGACGACGUGUCGCUUCCCACUCCUCCCAUCGCAACAGAAGAACAAGAUAAGGUGCCUCAGUUCAGGGUGAAAAGACACAGCCCCUGGCCUGACUCCAUGGUGUUCAUGCCAGGUGCCCCAGGUGGAAGAGAUCGCUUUAAGGAGGGACUAAAACACCUGUCCUCUGGAGCUCAAGGUUACAACAGCUGGCAUAGGAAAAAUCAAGAAAAUCCUCCAGCAAAUACCAGAAGGGAGCGGCACGGAAGAAGAGGGAGAUACAGCGAUACAGAAAAAGAGAUUGACACUGACGUGAAGAAUGGAGGAGACCCUGAAACUGAGGAAGUGGAAAGAGAGAAAACGCCAGAGCCUGGUGGAUUAUAUGAGGAAGAGGAGGAGAGGAGUGGAGACUACGACUGGGAGACGGAGGAGGACGUGGACGCGGAGAGGGAAGGCGAGGGGGACGAGCUGGAGAGGGAGCGAGAGAAGGAAAGGCUGGAGAUGGAGAGAGAGCGAGAGGAGCUGGAGAAAGAGAAGGAGGUGGAGAUGGAACUGGAGAGAGAGAGGGGAGAGAGAGGGGAGGAGGAGAGAGCGACGACUCAGCCGGAGGCAGAGAGAGACUUGGAGAGGGAGGAGUGGGAGAGGAGGAGAGCGGAGAUGGAGAGGGAGAGGGGGAGGGUGGGGGAUUAUGAUGAAGAAACUGGGCAACCGUACCCAUACCCUCCAGAGUACUUUUUCCUGAAGGGACAUCCAGGGGAAAAUGGAAAUCCAGGACAAAAGGGUGAAAUUGGUGAAAAGGGACAGAAGGGGGAGCCAGGCAUCGGCCACAGAGGACCAGAGGGUCAGGCUGGUCCUCCAGGACAGAAGGGCGAGCCAGGUGAGCCGGGGCCCCCAGGUGCUCAGGGCAUCCAGGGUAUCCGUGGUAAUGCAGGAUUCCAGGGCUCCCCCGGUCUUAGGGGUCCUCUAGGGGACCCAGGAGAGCCAGGAAGAGAGGGUGAACGGGGUAAAAGAGGAAAAAAUGGAACACCGGGAGCUCCAGGACCUCGAGGAACAUCAGGACCUAACGGUAUUCCUGGCAUGCCUGGAGUUAAAGGAGAAAAGGGUGACAGUAUUCCAGGUGAGCCUGGUGCCAGGGGUUUGGCCGGCCUCCCGGGGAGAAGGGGUGACAAAGGCACACCAGGUGUUAAAGGGAUUCCUGGGCCCAUAGGUCCAAAAGGCUUGCGAGGCAGCAAAGGUGAAAAGGGAGACCGUGGGUUACCUGGAGUCAGAGGAGAGAGGGGCAGCGUGCUUCAGAUCCAAGGACCUCGUGGGUUCAAAGGUACCAAAGGGGAUGCGGGGGAGCGAGGUCUACCAGGUUUUGAUGGGGAUAAAGGAGAGAAGGGUGAGGACGGUCCUCCUGGAUUCAAGGGCCUAAAGGGUAACGCAGGCACUAAGGGAGCAUUGGGACGGUUUGGAGCACGGGGACCUGUAGGACAGAAGGGAGAUCCAGGAGAGCCAGGACUCAAUGGAGUGAUGGGUCGUAACGGGGACCAUGGAGCGGAUGGAGCCAAAGGGGACAAAGGAGACAUAGGACAGCAAGGCCAGAAGGGCGACCAGGGGGAUUCAGGAGAAGCCGGUUUACCAGGAGACAAAGGGGAAAGGGGAGAAAAGGGUUUCAGAGGCUUUCCUGGACACGUUGGUAGCCCAGGCUUUGAUGGAGAAAAGGGCGAUAUGGGGUUACACGGCACACCGGGUAUGCCUGGACUGAAUGGACUCACAGGACGAAAGGGUGACAAGGGAGAUGGAGGUAUCAAUGGUGCCGAUGGUAAUCCAGGAGUGAAAGGGGAAAAGGGUACAGCAGGUUUCCCGGGUUUCCCAGGGUUUAAAGGGUCAGCAGGAAAUCCAGGAAGAGAUGGAGAUGAGGGACCAUCAGGGCCACCAGGAGCCCGUGGGAACCAAGGUCCAAAGGGAGACAGGGGCAGAAGAGGCAGGUCGAAUCCAUGUCAGAAGGGACCACCUGGGACACCGGGACGAAGAGGAGAGAGUGGUACAGCUGGUUUUGAAGGAGCAAAAGGCGACAAAGGAGAUCCUGGACUCUCAGCUGAAAAAGUGAAGGAGCUCGUCACCCAGGAGGUGGUAGAAAAGUGUGGGCUGGAAUACAAGUCCACGGCAAAGCCUGACGAUCCAGACGCAUCAACCACAGCGGCCGAGAACAGAAAUGAGCCAGAAGAUGCGGUGAAAUCUUCCACCCGUGACCCCCACGAACAAGAAGAAGGCAUCGAAGAAGCGGGCGGAGACGCGAAAGAGGAAAAUUACGGAGACAAAGUGGGCGAAAAUAUAAGUCCGACCCCUUUGAGUUUUGGAGAGAUGAGGACACUACCAAACCGCACUGAUUCUGAUGAGGGAGGGACUGCGAAGUGGGGACAGAGAAAGAAAAGAAGGGUAUUUGGAACAAACACUGAUGCACAUUUCUCUCAUACCGCACAUGUUGCUUCAGCAACGGAGCGCUGCCUGGAGCCGAUGUUAGAGGGGGCCUGUUCAGAUUACGUUCUGCUCUGGUACUUCCACGCCCGGUCGGGGGAAUGCAGGCCGUUUGUGUACAGCGGCUGUGGUGGAAACCAAAACCAAUUCUCCUCCAGACAAGAGUGCCGGAGCUGGUGUGUGAAGGAGCGGCGAGCUGAACCCUGAGGACGAAUCCAGCAACCCCGAAAACAAGAUACUCAUCUUUUGUACAUAACUGUGUAAAAUGUGACUGUUUUGCAUUUUGUGUUGCUGUUAUUUAUACGUUUUUAUUUCGCCUGCUGUUUCUUACUUACAUACAUGCACAAAUCUAAAUGUGAAUGGUCGAAACAUGUAAUUAUCUAUGUGCGCUAGCUGGCAUUUUGAAAUAGACCGACUGUGUUUUUUAAUUAAAUCUCUCGUAACGUU